CAUUUAUGAAUAGGGUCUAUUGUUUAAUAUAAAAAAAAAUCAGUCUAUCAUUUUAUCAUGCUUAUAACGUUUGUCAUAGUGCAUCGAUUGUUUAUGCAAUUGCCGAAAUACCCGAAGCAAAAGAGAAGCCCUAUUUUACUGCAGUUGUUCAUAUAGACAUUUACAAAGAUCGAUCAGGAGGCUAAUGUGAUGAAUUACACAGAUUGGAUAAGUAAAACCGGUAGUAGUUCCCUUGACCUUAUGUGACUGUAAAGCAAUUCACUCCAAGAAGUUUUCUUGAGUGGCCAAAACCAACGUUAUAUGAUAUUGGUAAUUACUGGAGAGCUUUUGAACCUGGAAAAAAUAUAAACUCAAGGAACAAUCGCUGGAAUCUCGUUUAAGUACUUUAUAAGUGUUUACCGCGUUGGUCGAAGACAAAAUUGUCGCCCACGUCUUGAGGUGAGAAGGGGUUACGACAUAACGCACGUAGAAAGAAUCUCUUUGGAGGUUUGCUUGUUUGCUCCUUUUCUGUGUAAAAUACCUGUCAAUUCCAUCUAAUACAUCAACUUAGGCUUUAAAAGUUACAAUUGUUACACGAUCAAAUGUAGUCGCUUAAGUUCCCGUGACCCACAACUUGGUACUUUUCAACAAGUUUGAGGAAAAAAAAAAUAGGUUGUCAUUGAAGCUUUCAUUGCAUAGAUUCUUCAAUGACAUUACUAAACCGUGAUUGGGCCCUCGAGAACAAUAGCCAUAGAUCGGGUUCAAGAACUUUAAAGGUCAAUAAUAAUGAAACCAAACUUUACAGACAAAAAAAUGUGAAAGAUGGAUUUUUAGUUCAAAUUUAGAAGACGUCUGUCGCUUAGCCACGUGGAAAACUGGCUUAUAUGUUUAGGUAUUAGCUUAAAUUGUUGAAAUCCAAUAACAAAUUGGUAGAGAACAACAUUAACUUGCGUCAUAAAAAGCCAGUAACACGAUUAUAACCGCUGCAAGUGCUUACAACGAAUUUAACUUCUUUACUUCGUCAUGGAGGCUAUGUACUUUUAAAGGAUAUAACACGCCAGACAAUCCCGCUAUAUCCCGUUAUAUUAAUCCAUGAAUAAACUUUCAAAAAAAGCAAACAGAAAUAAUAAUAGAAAUAAAAUAAGCAAGUCUGAUUAUCUCUGACGCAAGCGAGUUUAUUAAUAGAUUAACGGGAUUUAUUUCAUUUAAUAUGUUUUAACUGGAGAUCGAGAACCCUGCUAAUUGAAUUAGCUGAUCGGACUCUUUUUAGCUACUGAACACUGUGUGGUUUCUGUUGAUAACAGAUAUCUCAUGACGUAUUUAUUCCGCGGGUCCUCCCCCACAGACUUUGCUUGUGCCUCGUAAUGUUUAUGUCUGUGUAUUAGUGACGCUCCAUGUUCGUCAUCGUGGCAGCUUUUCGGACAAAACAACAUUCUUAGUAUCAUAAUAUGCGGGGCAAAAUACGAAAAUCUGAAUGAAUGUACUUAGAGACGGUUGGACAAGACGGUUGGACAAGACGGUUGGACAAGACGGUCGUCUCCCCGCAAGUUCAUUGAACAAGGGUAAUUAAUUUGGUGUCCUAUUCCUUGUCUAUCAUCAAGGGAAAGCGACCUCACUCAUUCAAAUGCGUGCCAAAAGAGACCAUAUUACCUGACUGAUGAACGAUCGUUGAUGUACUCCCGACGUAAUGAUUCGCUUGUGCCACGCGCAAUGAUCGUCGUUGCAGCACGGGCCUUUGAAAUGUCACUCACAAGGUUGGCGGUCUGUUAGUAAUGAGCUGAAAUUGGAUUUCCAAAUUUGCUGCACCUUUGGAUCAUUAUUCCAGCCGCAGGGGUCCUCUUCUGAAACACGACAUACAUAAGUAGCUCGACAGCAAGCUCCAAGAUACCGUAGUGAGCAAUCAAUUAAGACAUUUCCUUUGCCGUCCCGUUUGCCUGAGUAACGAUGCAUCUCUCACUUCGAGCAAGAAUAGCGUCGGCUUGCGUCUUACUCUGCAUGCAAGUACUAUCGAGUGAUACAAGACUUUCAGGGUACGAUAUCUUUACAUCUGGUCUUCCGCUGGAGGUGGAUCCAAUACUGAACUUAAACACUGUCUGCAAGAAUACUCCUUCUUUAAACAAAGAGCAACUGGAACUUUGUAAAACACAUGCCGAUGUUGUAGCCAGCGCAUUGCAAGGCGCUCAGAUGGCUGUGCAUGAUUGUAAGAAACAGUUUGCGUACAACAGAUGGAACUGUUCCUCGCUGGAAUCCAAGAAUCGCAACCCACUGACAAGUCCUCUGUUAGCAAGAGGAUUUAGAGAGACCGCCUUUGUGCAUGCCAUUAUUUCUGCGGGAAUGACACAAGCAAUUGCAACAGCGUGCCGCAUGGGUAAACUAGGAACAUGUGGAUGCGACGCCUCUGUGACUGGAGAGGGACCAGGAUAUAGCUGGGGAGGAUGCAGUGACAACAUCGGCUACGGUGCAGAGUUUGCAGCUCAGUUCAUGGAUUCUCGAGAAAAAGGAACUGAUAUAAAAUCCCUGAUGAAUUUACAUAACAACCGAGCUGGUCGUAUGGCAGUAUUUGACCGUAGGAAGACCAGGUGUAAAUGUAUGGGAGUCUCCGGUUCUUGUAGUUUGAAAACCUGCUGGAAGACUGUUGCAGAAUUCAGCGAGGUGGGGACCAUUCUCAAAGAGAGAUAUGACUAUGCCACACAGAUUCGAGUCAGCAACCGAAACCGCGGCAAACUACGACCCCUUCAGCGAAAAACAAAGGCAAUCAAACGCGACGAGUUUGAGAGAGACCUGGUCUACUUUGAAGACUCUCCGACGUACUGUGAGAAAGACAGCACUCUUAGCGUCCCAGGAACUAAAGAAAGAGCGUGCAAGGUUGAUUCGUUGGGAUCAGACAACUGUAACACUCUCUGCUGCGAACGAGGCUACAACACCGUGCACAGGACAAUCACAAGGAGGUGCCGGUGCCACUUUAACUGGUGUUGUUAUGUCUUGUGUGACGAUUGUGUGGAGAAUGCGUGGGUAACGAUCUGCAAAUGAUAACGCAAUGCCCAGCUACACACGAAUUCUCGUCCUCAGUGCUGGUUUCUAUUUGUAUUUAUCACCGUAUUGUUUGGAAGAAUUCCUUGACAUAUCAAAACAGUAGUCUUAAGAUGAAGAGGUCAAGAGUUACUUCUUGUCACGAUGCAUAUGCGAAAUACUGGACAAUUGGUAGAACACUCUUAACGCCUGCAACAGCCUCCUCGAUCAUAUAUGCAUCUGUGCAUAUUCUACGUUGCUGAGCUUGUGAGGUGUCCCAAGAAGCCUGAGUUAUCUCUCUUUGCAUUGUUCAUUUUUAGACCACAGGUUGAAAGGAUCGAGUCAAAUCACGAGGCCUUAUAGAGAACAGAAGAUUUGACACCUAAAACCUUUCCGCGUUUUUCACCUCCCAAACUUUAGUUAUAAAGAUUAAAGGGAGAGUUUUUAUUCUUGUAAAAGUUCUUCUUGUAGAAGCUCCAAGUUUAGGUUAAGUUGCCUUUCAUUUUACAAGCAUGACAGCCAGGGAACCUGGCUCACUCAGUUUAAUAUAAAUUUCGAGAAUUUUGUCCUUAUCAAUAAGGGUUAAGAAUUUAGUGAUAAGAUGAUCUUUUUUCGUUGAUGAUUUUCUAUAAUCUCAUUACCUGUGUGCUUGACGACGUAUUGACAUGUAAGGAGAAAUAAGAUGUUCAUCACUCUUGAUAAAAGAAUCAGUGAAAUCAUUAACAUAACUUUUGACUAACGUCCAAUCUCUUUCUCAUUCCCAAAAUAGUUCAGCAAGUAGAAUAAUUUUAUGUUGUUCUUCAAAGUAAGUUGAAAUAUUCCUUGUGUUUCAAUUGUUACUUUUUAAUCUUCCAGAGCAUUUAUUGCUGGAGAAAAUAUUCCGAGCAACAAGAAAACUAAACAAAUUUCAGUCUUCAAAGAAUAGGGUUCAAACCUAUGACACGAGUCCGCGAUACUGAUCUGCGGACUCGUCGACAGUCAUAUGUCACCGGAUAUAAGUCAGAAUGUAAUGUAAUAUGUUCUAUAGAACCAUAACAAUGAUACCUACGGUAGAUAUAAUCAAGUCGUAUAUUUUAAACAAAGAAUUGAACUUACACGAUGACAUAGAGAGUGGCGACACAGAGUGCAGACUGCUGACAUGUAAACUUACAUUUCCGAAAAGUAGCUGCAAAGCAGCUGAACUCAGAGUGUGAAAAUCAGCCAUGAAUAUAAAAAAUUAACGAUCCCUCAGAAGUAGCGGUAAUAGUUGUUAAUAAACACAGCAAAUAAAAAGAGAUACACUAAUUAUAUAA